CCCGCUGGCAGGGCUAUAAGAACGGAAGCGACGCCCGUUCGAUAUUUUGACCGCUUGUCUCUUUGAUUGGCCGAAGCUCGACGAAUCUCCGAGCCCUUCUCCGUCGCAGCAGAGCCCCUGGAAUCCUUUGACUUUUGAUACCUCCGGAGCUCCCAAUUCCAAUGAUUUCUGUGGUUUCCCGAUCCGGAUAGUUGUAAGAGAAUCUCGAGCAAUAAAGGCAGUUUCUUGUUGGCUACUCUUGUUCUUGUAGUAAAUGCGGAGGGAUUAAUGUAAUCUCUCCUCAUACUUCUAGCCAGAUAUGAUAAAUGUAUCAACCAAAAUUUAUCUCCAAUGUAGGCUCAGCUCACAACAAUCCACUAGCUUGUGACCAGCCAUUAGAGUUAACUGGCAACAAUAUGGGCCCAGGCAGCGGAGGGACCGACCCAAAUAACCCUAAUCUGGCCUCAAGGCAGCGGUUGCGAUGGACACAUGAACUUCAUGAACGCUUUGUUGAUGCUGUAACGCAACUUGGUGGACCUGACAGUUAGUGCUUGGUUUUUUCAGUCUCACCAGCUGGAGUUUCUUGUUUCAGAGCCACUCCUAAAGGUGUACUCAGAAUAAUGGGAGUACAAGGGUUAACCAUAUACCAUGUGAAAAGUCAUUUGCAGAAAUAUCGGCUUGCAAAAUAUGUUCCUGAAUCUUCAUCUGAUGGUUCAAAGGGUGAAAAGAAAGAUCCUGGGGACCUACUUUCAGGCCUUGAAAACUCCUCAGGGAUGCAAAUUACUGAAGCACUUAAGUUGCAGAUGGAGGUGCAAAAACGGCUGCACGAACAACUAGAGGUACAAAGGCAGUUGCAGCUGAGGAUAGAAGCCCAAGGGAAGUAUCUAAAGAAGAUCAUUGAAGAACAACAGCGGCUCAAUGGCGUGCUGGCAGAAACACCAGGUGUGAGCAUUCCUGCCCCCAUCUCAGGUGACCACUGCCAAGACUCCGACAAGACUGACCCCUCAACCCCUGCCCCAACCUCAGAGUCCCCACGUCAAGACAAGGCCGCUAGUGGGGACCAUGGAGGCACAGGCGGGCUCUUCAAGAGCCUCUCCCGUGAUGAUUCCUUCUCUUCCCGCCGUGAGCCUCUGACGCCUGACUCCAGCUGCCGUGCUGGCUCUCCGGAGAGCCCGAAACCUGAGAGGCGAAUCAAGAGGCAGCGGGGAGCCGGUGACCCAGGGAAUGGGAAGAUGGAGCUGGUGUUUGCUCAUCAUAUACUUGAGUCAAGUUCAGGCUCAGAUUUCCAGCAACCAUGCCCGAUUUUCCCAGCUGGUGGAGGGCAUUUUCAUUCCUCCGGCACUUCAAUCUGCGAUGAUGAUAGGUUGGAGAAUGGAUCUGGAAGUGAUAUGUGAUCAAAUUAAUGCAGUGCUUGUUCUUAAAUGGUGGCUUCUUAAUAUUGCCUGGAGAAAUAUUGUCAGCAAGAGUAGGUAUUAUGAUUACAACAUGAUACUUGUACCUGUAACGUUUCAACCAUUCCCACUUCAUGUGAUGCCUGCACUUAUUGAUAAGUCAUGAAAGAAGAGACAUGCCUAUUCUAUUGCACAAUCAAAUGAAGAAACCAAGUAUUUGUGAUUUGAAAAUCAAAA